AAGCGAGAUCGAUUGUCCUGUGCGUACAUAUCGGGAGAUUGAGGAACACCAAGCGUCAUGGCUCAGUUGCUUGGAACCUGCUGAACCUUUUCUAUUCUUUUUUUCUUCUCUCCUUCAUCUCUCUAGGGAUUCAUCUCAACUCCUCCCAGCUCCCAUCCAUAUCGUUCCAUCUUGUUUCACAGUGACUUUGAUUCUACCAUGUCAUUCAUCUCCCAGAAAUCUUUUCGAUUUACUUCAGACUCCAUACCCUUCGAAUAGGUCUCUCCAGGAACCUCUCGAUUUCUUAUUGGCAUUCAAUAUACCUCGCCAUCUGUAUCCUUUUUGCCAUCAUUUAUCACCCGAACAUCCCUGCUUAUUCUCCUUGAAACCCCCUCUUCUUCCCUUGUGUAUCUUCGCUGCGUCUUCACGAUGCCGGAUCUUCGCCGUCAAGUCCUGGAGAGUGGGAAAACCAUUUCUCGCAAAGCAGCCUCUCGGGAAGGUUCGCGACGAACCUCUCGCACAAACUCGGCUCAAAACUCUCGCCACUCAUCCCGGAAUGCAAGUAGACAGCCGUCGGACGAUGAAGACGCUGGCAGCCUUAGCGACGAAACUGCAAUCAGUCUGGGGUCCUUGGAUGACGACAACCCGGAACUCGAGAGCAAUAACAACAACUGGGCCCAAGAGCUCAUUGAUGUCAUCGAGGACAUUUUAGAUCGCAAACGCAGUAGCGUCCUCGGCCGUGAGGAGACCUACGCUGCCUACUGCCGUCUGUCUAAAUUUCACUACGUCGAAGAAUCUAUUCGUCGCCGUGUUCCUGAUCUGUUGACUGCCUUUACUCGGAGCAUCAAGGUUGAAACUAGUGAGCGCGAGGCCACACUGGCUCUGCGUGCUCUUGAACUGCUCACCAUAACGGCAGCCGACCACACGGUGUUUGAGAAUAUGGAGCCGUUCCUCACCCGUACGAUUCGCGAUUCGACCUCCACUGUCAUUAAAGCCGCGGCAAUUCACUGCUUAGGCACAUGCACCAUGUUUGGUGGUGCUGGAGAGGAUGGUAUCCAGGAUCAGAUGACUUUCUUUCUGGAUAUAGUAGCCUCGGACGGGCAAUCUAUUGAUGCACAGGAUGACUCAGGCUGUGUUACUGCCGCCCUGGUGGAAUGGGGCGUUUUGGCAACUGAGAUCGAAGAUCUCGAGAGUGAGAGCGAGGACUGCAUUCAGGUCUUCAUGGACCAGCUGAAUAGCGGUGACCCCGCUGUACAAGUUGCCGCUGGGGAGAACAUCGCCCUCUUAUACGAGAAGAGCUACACCGCGCAGGAGGAUGACGACGACGACGACGUGGAAGAUGAGGAUGAAGGCAAUAACGAGCGCCACAGCCAGGACAGUGACUCGGACCAGGAGUCCUUCAGAACCGGCCCCAAGCUGAUCAAACGCUACAAUGCGUACCACAACACCCCCGAACUCGAACGCCAGCUACAGUCCCUAGCAACCAUUCACAACAAGCGCAUUAGUAAACGCGAUAAAAAGAGCCUGCACAGCAAUUUUGCCUCUAUCCGCACCACGGUUGCCAACCCGCGCCGCGGGCCAAUGUAUAACACCGCUAUCGACCAAGACACCAACCGACACUACGGUAGCAAACUCACCGUUAAGAUCGGCCGCCAGGGAGUCAUGCACAUUGAUCGCUGGUGGAAAUGGAUCCGACUGAACUCUCUUCGCCGCGUUUUACAGGGCGGAUUUGCGGUUCAUUACUUCCAAGGCAACCGCGCCGUCCUGGACAGUCUUCCCGUGGUGAUGGUCCCAAUGGACACACCGACGGACCGCAACGCCGGCAAAAAAGGCGCGCGAAUGCGAAAUAACCGACGCUGGGCUGCCCACGAGUAUUCCGAUGAUGAAUUAUGAUUUCGUUCUCAUUUAUUCUAUACCAUACCGCACUGCACCGUACUGUAUUUUGCUAUGUGUUAAUUCUCAUUUACUUCUUCUUUCUGGUUUUGGCUAUACACAUAUCUAGUGAUAAAAGGUCCUGUCUGGUACUGUUACUUUUACACUUUUGUGUUACUUUGCUCCUCAUUGUCACUUUUAGUGUUUUUUUUUUUUUUUCCUGGUAUGCGUCAGUGAAUCUCAGAAUCAAUUCAAAUAUAUUACUCUCCAUAUAUGU